CGUCAGUCAUUAAAGCGCAUAGCGGAAACCUCCCAGUCCCGGCGGCGUCUCAUCCUCAACGCACAUCCCCUCUCUCCGCUGCACUCCUCCUCCUCCGUUGUACCCGCCGGUCUCCUCUUCCUCGAACACGGCCGCCGGCCCCGUUUCCUCGACCACGACGCCUCCACCGACGCCGUGCGAAUCCCCAUCGCCAUGUCACCUGGAGCGUCAUGUUCCGGCGUUCCGGUACCACUCCGCCCGGCCGGAACCCACACAUUCCUCCUGCCGGCGGCUCCCCCAUUCGUCUCAAAGUGCACCAUCAAUCGAAGAGAUCCUCGGACGGCCUCUUCUUGUUUUGGUAAAGCAAUGACGCCAAAGCGCUGCUUUGUCGUGGCCGGCGGACUUACUUGGGUUGAUGGGGUUGAAGAAGAGCUCAUGGAGCUACAAAAGACACAAGAGCAAAGUUCAGGGAAGUUAAAGAAGAGGCCGCCUUUGAGGCGUGGAAAGGUCUAUCCCAAACUUCCUGUACCAGAACACAUUCCAAGACCUUCUUAUGUGGGUGCAAACAUACCACAAGAACUACCCGCAGUUCGCCAAAUACACAAUGCCGAUGGCAUCGCUGGGAUGAGAGCUGCUUGCAAACUUGCAGCCCGUUUACUAGACUUCGCGGGAACAUUGGUUAAGCCAUCAGUUACUACAAAUGAAAUCGACAGGGCGGUGCAUCAUAUGAUAGUUGAGGCGGGUGCUUAUCCUUCUCCACUUGGCUAUGGUGGAUUUCCUAAAAGUAUCUGCACAUCAGUAAAUGAGUGUGUCUGCCAUGGACUACCUGAUUCAACACAGCUGCAGAAUGGAGACAUCAUAAAUAUUGAUGUAAAUGUGUUCCUAAAUGGGUACCAUGGUGGAACUUCCAGAACAUUUGUAUGCGGAGAAGCGGAUGAAUCUAUCAAGCAUUUCCUAAAGGCAGCUGAAGAAUGCUUGGAGAAGGGUAUUUCUGUCUGCAGGGACGGUGUAAACUACAGAAAAAUUGGCAAGAAGAUAAGCAAGCUUGCUUAUUUCUAUGGCUAUCAUGUGGUGGAGCGCUUUGUUGGACAUGGAAUUGGAACUAUGUUGCAUUCUGAGCCACUUAUCCUCCAUCAUGCAAAUGAAAACUCUGGUCGAAUGGUUGAAGGACAAACAUUCACAAUUGAACCUAUACUUAUAAUGGACAAAGCAGAGUGUGUUACAUGGGAAAAUGGAUGGACUACUGUCACUGACGAUGGCAGCUGGGCAGCACAGUUUGAGCACACUGUAUUGGUCACUAGGACGGGCGUAGAGAUAUUGACAAAACAUUGAUUACAUCCCUUGCUAUUGUAGUAAGAAGUUGUUGAGCCAUCUACUUUCAGAACGAGGUGGUUCAUAAAGCAGCCCCAGCAGCCAGCCAAGCACCCGAAUCUCCACGACAACAACUUGUAUCCACAUGUGGGAAGCCUCCCUUUUAUGUAGCAACCGGCCAGGGGAUAAAUGUGGGGACAUGCUAUUGCAUUGCUUGUGAUCCCGUUGUCGGGAGACGAGGUCGUGCCUCGACAAUUCACCACGGAUGUAGUUUCUAGAAGAAUCCCCAGAUGUGUAUAUGUGGUAGUUUGGUUUGUUGGAAGUAGUAGAUGCGGCAUGGAUUUAGAAACGACAUGGAAGAUUUCUUCAAGUUGCAUGUCUGUCCCUGGUUUAAUCAAAAGAACCAUUUCUAGUUUA